GAGACAGCAGAAAAUCCCUAAGACUGUAAAGAAAAACAAAGCUGCAUUUGGUGGGAAAUAGCAGGAGUCCAACGUAAAAUACAGCUUUAUCGCGUCAGGUGAUUUACAUGCUUCAGGACCUCUCUACAUGAUAUAUGGCUACAGGCUAUCAAAUGAGACAAUGGAGCCUUCAAAACUGCUUCGACACAUAGAGACAAAGAACCCUGCAUUAAAAGACAAGCCUGAACCCAAGUUCUUUGAGGACAAAAACGUGAACAAGAAGGACAGGAGCAAGUCUUCAGGGCCACCACAGCAACAGGUGUAGCUGCACUGAGGACACCGUACUUCGUUGCUAACCGUGUUGCUAAGGCUAAGAAGCCUUUCACAGUCGGAGAAGAACUGAUGCUGCCUGCUGCUGCGUUAUGACACCGCAGUCCAUGCCUCUGCCUUGCCAGGUCAUUGAUGGGAAACCAACUGGAUCGGAUCACCCACCUCAACUACAGCGAGCUGCCCACGGGGGAUCCGUCCGGGCUAGAGAAGGACGAGCUUCGGGUCGGUGUCGCCUACUUCUUCUCUGACGAAGAGGAGGAGGUGGACGACCGCACUCCGUCUGACUGCGGCUUCACCAAGGACCACAGCCCGACCGAGGAGGGACCCUUCUCGGUCAGCGAGGUGGAGUACUCCGCGUUCUGCUCCCAGGAAUGCAUCUUCUCCAAGCUGCGGGAGAACGAGGACUUGAACGUGUACUCGGCCAAAACUUUGCUGACUAUGUGCAAACCGGGGGACCUGCUGGAGCUGGUGGGCACCGCGCAAGCCCCGCACUGGGCCAUCUACGAGCAAGACGACCGGGUCAUUCACCUGCACAAGGGCGAGAUCCGCAAGGACAGCCUGCUUGAGAUCAGCAACGGUCGCCACGGGAGGAUAGUCAACAAUCGCUACCGGUACCGGCCGCUUCCCCCCGACCUGGUGAUGCAGAACGCGGCGGGACACCUGGGCCUGAGCAGCGAGGAGAUAUGCUGGACCAACUCGGAAAGUUUCGCAGCCUGGUGUCGCUUUGGGAAACGGGAGUUCAAAGCCGGGGGAGAGGCGCACUCGGCGGAGCAGCAGUAUUUCCUCAAAGUGCAUCUGUCCGGCAGCGGGGUGCACACUCUGGUCUUUCGCAGCCUUGAGGACAUGAUCCGGGAGAGGAGGCGAGUGGACGCCAGUGGAAUUCUCAAAGAGCUGUCUUUGGUUAACGGGGGCAAGGAGUGAUCAGGGAUUCCGUUUGAUAUCCUCCUCUCCUCCACCACCACCCUCCACAACCCCCCCACCCCCUCCUCGGCUGCCUCUCCUCUCGCCGACGCGCACCGGACGCACAGUUUGUUUGUUUUUUUGCGCACACACACACACACACACACACACACACACACACACACAAAGCGUACUCACACACACAAGCACACAAACACACGUAUAGACACAUGCAAGGACCUGUUGGUUUCGGACUGUUGUCACGGAUGGACCCCCCCCCCCCCCCUCCCUUCCUCCCUCCCUCCUCUGGGCUGCGCACUGGACCACAGGCGCUCUGUGGAAUUUCCAUCAAAUUGCAGAGUGUUGAAAACUGAAGAAGAGAGCGGCCAUAUAAACAGACAACGCCCCUUUCAGAUUAGACUUCGUGUUGAGUGGGACACACGAUUUCUAUGAAACCCCUUGCCCCCCCCCCCCACCCCCCCACCCCCUCCUCGGACAGCUAAAAUCACCUUUACACCCCCCCCACCCCCUCGCACACAGCGCACACGGCACGGUUUGGUUUUCUGUUUUAAUUUCUCGGGAUAAAACGGAAAUGUGGCCCCUUCCUCUGCAUAGGGGCGCCUGCUGCGGCAGACCAGACGGUGAGACCGGGAGAGGGAGAGAAGGAUCUGGGGAGGUGGGGGAGGGGGGUUGUGCUGGAGGGGUAGGGAGGGCAGAUGAAAGAUAGGAUCUGGGGUGGCUCUCGAAAAGUCUCCCUUCUAUUUUUUUACUGUUAGCUUUAAGACCGGGACUGACCAUAACACAGAUCCAAGCCACUAAUUCAUAGACCUCUUUGACAGUCCCAGAUGGCUACGCAGUUGCCUAAACAAAGCAUUUUUGGCUUGUUCAAGCUCCCCUUUUGCCAUAUCGAGAGUAUUGUCAUUUUCACAAUGCUGUCAUCCUGCUCCACAGCACUGGAUGUAUGUGUAAAUUGUAUUCAUAUAUUGAUUUCAAUUUGAGUCCCUUAUUUUUGUAUUUAAGUUUAGUGGAUUUAACCCUGAUCUCUCUUUUUUUGGUUCAAAUAAAUGGAGGUUGAAAUAUGAAAAAUAA